UCGUGCAGGAGCUCUUUGCACUUUUUUCUUUUAAAAAGCUGAGGAAGUUCCCAUAUGGACUUUGCGUUGGAAAUUCGUUGUAGUUAAUUAUGCUGAAGAACAACGCGAAAAAGACAGCCGCUUGUGUGGGCACAGCGGUGGCUCUCUGCCUGCUAAUGUUGUUGGUGGCUGUGCGGCAUCACGGAGCUCAUGUGGUAGCGGAGAGCAACACUCUGGAGGACACCAGGUCGCUCCCCGGAGCUGCUGCGGCGGUGGAAAGCGGCGGACAGAAGGGAUUCUCGGCAUACUUCGGCAAGUUAAGCCGCGGCCGCAGGGAAGCAGAGAAGCCCGCCGCCGGGUCCUCUGGCUCGGCCAGCGACACUGCGACUGCCACGGCUGAGGACAUCAGACCCGAUGACCUGUUCAUCGCGGUGAAGACCACCAAGAAAUUCCACCAGUCCAGACUCAACCUGCUUCUGGACACUUGGAUCUCUAGGAGCAUGCUUCAGACGUACAUCUUCACAGACGGCGAGGACGAGGAGCUCAAAAGAAAAAUGGGGAGUCACGCCAUCAACACCAACUGCUCGGCCGCUCACAGCCGACAGGCCCUGUCGUGCAAGAUGGCGGUGGAGUAUGACAAGUUCAUCGAGUCGGGAAAGAAGUGGUUCUGUCACGUGGACGACGACAAUUACGUGAACGUUCGGGCUCUGCUCAAGCAACUAUCGCAGUACCAGCACACCCAGGACGUGUACAUCGGGAAGCCCAGUCUGGAUCGGCCCAUCGAGGCCACUGAGAGGCUUGGUGACAAUAAACUGAAACCAGUCAACUUCUGGUUCGCUACUGGAGGGGCAGGCUUCUGUGUGAGUCGCGGUCUGGCACUCAAGAUGAGCCCGUGGGCCAGCGGCGGCCAUUUUAUGAACACGGCAGAGAAAAUCCGUCUGCCCGAUGACUGCGCCGUGGGCUACAUCAUCGAAUCCGUGCUGGGCGUCCCUCUCAUUCGCAGCAACCUGUUCCACUCGCACCUGGAAAACCUGCAACAAGUAUCCAGAUCUGAGAUACACAAACAGAUCACUCUCAGCUAUGGAAUGUUUGAAAACAAGAGCAAUAUCAUCAAUUUGAAAGGAGCUUUCUCCGUGGAGGAGGAUCCAUCCAGGUUCAAGUCAGUUCACUGCCUUUUGUACCCGGACACCCCGUGGUGCAACCCUCAGGUUGCCUUGUAGGGCGACCGCUCCUUUCUCAUCCUCGUCCUCCGCCUCGCCUCGGUAUCUGAAAGGCAAGGGAGGACCAGCGUUUUUCGUCUGUGUCAAGACCGCGUCGCCGCUGCAUUCUUUCAGCGGGUGCUACGUGGCUUUUUGUUUUGUAAGCGGGCUGCUGUGCGGCCCGCCGCUUAACGGGACUACCGUGAGUUCGAAAUGGCUUUCGCCAUGUUUUUUUGUUUUAAGCUUUGCAGGCAAUCAGUUGAGCUUUUUGUAUAAUGUUGCUUGUAAAUGUUUCUUGCAAUUCUCAUAGAAUGUAUUUCCUAUUUCCACGCUCUUUUUUCGCAAGCUUUACGCCAUCUUGAAAAAGUUUUUCAAAGCAUUUGGAUGACUCCGGACAAACGCUCUCAUGUGAAGAUUUUGUUGUGCUUUUCUAUGAACAGUGUUACGCCUGACCUCAUCUGAAGUUCAUCGGGACGAAGAACUUUGAGCCUCUUUUUAAAAAAAAAAAGAACGAUGCAAACCUAAAAUGACGUCCUGGAAUGAAUUCAGAUUUGGGUCAAAACUAACAAAAACCACGCAAAUUCUCUCCUAUUCAAUUUUAUGUGCCGUAUUUUUCGGACUAUAAGUCGCACCAGCCAAAAAAUGCGCAAUGAAAUGCAUUUUGGAAGGAAUUUAAUUUGAUAAAAUCCAACACAAGAACAGACAUGUCAACUUGGAGGGCAAUUUAGAAUACAAAUGGCGGAAAACACAGACAAGACUGAAAAAGCAGUUUCUGCUCUUGCACUCCUUUUUAAAAGAAACUGCUGUAUUUUAAGCCAAAACAACUGUUGUGUUUGUUAGCUUAAUAAGUCUAAAUCUGCCAAAGCAGAUUCAUGGCGCACUAAGGCUCCGAACUAUUUUUAAUUCGUCCGUUUUACCCUGAAAACCCCCGUUUACGGACGUCGCGCAACCGCUUUUGUUUCAAUCUAGCUAUAAAAAGAAGGUAAAUAAUUAUAUUUAUUAUUCAAAUUGUCUGUCAUUUUUAGCUUAGAAUCAUUAAUUGAUGUCUGAAAUUUAGUUUAAAAAAAAAAAAAAAAACUUUAAAAAAUUAUUCACUCGCAUAUUUUAAACUUUUAAACGACUUACGUCACUAUCGCUUAAUUGUAUUUUUUUUUGUUCCAGUCGCAUUUUCCCCGAUAUGUUAGAUGAUAAAUAAUUGAUCCAAACAAAACAAAAAAAAAUUUGAAAAUUAAUGAUUAAAAGGGUAACUAUAUGAAAAAGUAAAUCUUAGCCACUCCUUGUUGUCUGCGAUUUCUGCAUCGCGACCCUUGUUAUAUCACCAUGUUUCACCCAUAAAAUUAAAAAAAAUAAAAAUAAAAAAUCCGGCUGUGGCCAUUCACAGCUGUGUCUUGACACUCAGCUACAUGGAGUUUUUGGAGGUAUAUGCAAUAAUAUCUUGUUAAAAUCGUGGCGUCUUUAAUUCUGCACGCGCGUGUUCUUGCUUCCAAUUCGGGUUUAGCUGUUUAAAAAAAAAAAAAAAAAAAAAUUUUUUAAAUGCCUUCCUGUUCAAAAUUUUUGUUCCCCCAGAAAAUUGAGAUUUUAAGCUUUCCACACAUGCAUUUCAGACAAUUUUGAAAGUUGGCCAAAUUGAGGGUCUCAGAGCAGAACUUCAAGUCACCUGAGUGUUUUCCGCCACAUAGAAUAAAGAAAAACAGGCUGAACAAGUGUACGAGAUGCUAACGUUACACGUUACGUCUAAAAUGACAUCCUGGAAUUAAUUCAGAUUUGGGUCAAAACUAACAAAAACACGCAAAUUCUCUCCUAUUCAUUUUUAUGUGCCGUAUUUUUCGAACCAAAACCAAGAACAGAUAUGUCAACUUGGACGGCAGUUUACAUUAAAAAUAGAAUAAAGAAUAACAGGCUGAACAAGUGUACGGGAUGCUAACGUUACACGUUACGUCUAAAAUGACGUCCUGGAAUUAAUUCGGAUUUGGGUCUAAACUAACAAAAAACCCGCAAAAUUCUCUCCUAUUCAUUUUUAUGUGCCGUAUUUUUCGAACCAAAACCAAGAACAGACAUGUCAACUUGGAAGGCAAUUUAGAAUAAAAAUAGAAUACAGAAAAUCAGGCUGAACAAGUGUACGGGAUGCUAACGUUACAUGAUGCAUUAAACCACAAAUAGAGAACAUGCCGGUAUGUUACCGUAACAUAACGAAUUCGGAUAACUGUAGCAUAAAGAAAAUGUGAAAUUAUAUAAUAAUGUGUGAAUAAUUUCACACAUAAGUAAGUCGCUUUAAAGUAGGGCUGCAGCUAUCGAAUAUUUUAGUAGUCGAUUAAUCGAUGGACUAGUUAGUUCGAUUAAUCGAGUAAUCGGAUUAGGAAGAUUGACAUUUAAAAUACCUGAGCUGAGCCUCAAACGGUAUAACUUUUUUUUUUUUUUUAAAUGAGGAUCUAUGUACAACAAAAGAACAAUUGGCCAACUUACACAGAAAAAGUCCGCUAGCUUAAAUGCUAUUCAAUGAAGAUACUUUUUUUUUUUUUUUAAAUGAGGACCCGUGUACAACAAAAGAACAAUUGGCUAACUUGGAUAGAAAAAUCUGCUAGCUUAAAUGCUAUAAAAUGCUAAAGUUUUUUUUUUUUUUUUUUUACAAUGCUCUUAACAAAUGUUUCAGACACAUAUUCCCACAAAAAACGGCUGAAUAUACCUAUAAACUAAAUUAAUGUACUAAAAAACAUUAGUGCAAACAAAAACUUAGCUUACAUUGGUCUUAACAGGGAGCAGUUGGAUUCAGCUAUGUGAAAAGAGGCAGACCAGAUGGCAGUGUAUCCACCCUCAUCAAUAAAACUAAACGCAAACACUUUCAAAACAAACCAUUGCAACGCCACUUUAAUUAAACGAAUACUCGAAGCAACAAAAUUGAAUUCAAAUAUUUUUUUCUAAUCGAAUACUCAAGUUAAUCGAUUAAUCGUUGCAGCACGACUUUAAAGUAUACGUCGCAACAUCAGCCAAACUAUGAAAACAUUAAAAAAAACAAAAAAAAUCUGCGAUUUAUAGUCUGAAAAAUAUGGCAACUUAUCAAUAUGCUCUGUGUUACAAUCAGGAGGGAAAGAAUUUUUUUGUUGUUUUUUUUUUUUUUUUUUUUUAGAUAUACAUUUCAUUCAUUCAUAACAUUUUUUUUAAGUAAUUAGGAUUUUGAAUUCUUUGAAAAUUGCACAGCUGAAUUUCAAAUGAGCUGAUGCUCGCUUUUGGAAAGAAGCUCGCCUCCCAAAACUUGAUGCAAAAAAGAUGGAAAAACACAAUAGUUCUAUAUCAAUAUAUAGUUGCGACAUCUUGCUUGCCGAGUUCUGCGAGGCGAGAACUUAACUUGCGCAACAUCAGCGUCUCUUCAUGGAGUCGACCCAUAUUGGGUUACGCUGUACAUGAUGACUACAGUAUUGUGUACUGUGACUUUGUUAUCGGCCGUGAUGUACAGGAAUUUUUUGGAAUGUAUCGUGAUUUACGUCGGCUUUUUUUUGUUUUGUUUUGAAUUGUGUCAUAUUGCUUUUUAUUCUCCAGUAUCUGGAGCAUUGGAACAGUUCAUUCCCAUUAAAGAUGUCUCAGGGAUUAUGAUCUGAUCCUGUUAUUUAACUAACACAAGCCCCGCGGUGGGAGCCGAAAAUGUCAAAAAUAAAAGUGUAUAACCACUGAAAAACAUGGAUUUUCUGGUGUUUUUGUCUUUCGGUGACUCGUCCAAUGUGACUUCAUAAAAUAGCCAUUCUGAGAAUUUAGUGUGAUUUUGUACAGUAUGAUUCACUGCAAUUAAUGGGAAAUUUGACUAGUUUUUAUGGCAAAAUUGAAUAUAUUUCAGCACAGACUGAGAUUGAAUGAUCAUGUUUCAGCGCCAUUAACAAAUUAAUUUCAGUGUUGUAAGUGGUAAUAUGCUAAAGUUACUCUUUGUUCAAUUUUUAAAGAAGAUCUGGUUCAUUUAUCAUCAUCAAUGGCA